AUGUUGAGCUUGCUGAGGGACGGGGUGGCUGGCUCCUUGUCGUUGGACGAGCUUGUGCUGGCCGUUACGGCUCGAGUGCAGGCGCUGCGGGCUUUGAGCGAGUACAGUCACGUCGACAGCGCAGAGGCUUUCCAUGUCGCCGACAUUCCUCCAUGGCCCAAGAAGGGUGGGAGUUGUAUUGACAAGGCAGCACCAGCUCGAUUGCUGCCAUCUGCUUCGCGUUUGCUGGCCGUCGACAUGUGCAACGGUUCUGCUCCACCCUUGCUCGAUCGCUGCAGCUCAGCCCUUGUUGCGCUGGCCUUGCUCACCGGUCCCUCUGAGUGGCGGCGAAGCCUGGUGCAAAGGGAGGCCUUGUUGGCUGUGCGACGUCUACGGCUAGAGCCGACACUCGCACGUCUUCAGCAAUUUGCAGCUCACACGAGAGUCAAGAUACGACUCGAGAGUUCUGAUGUGGACAUGUUGGAUGAAUCUGGCACACGAGCUUGGCAGGCCCUGCACGCGUACUGGCAUCGAAACGAGCCCACGUCUGAAAAAAUAAGCGUCCCCUUUGAGCAAGGGCUGGCCUUUUUGCGCUGUAUGCGCCCCAAUGCGUAUGUUCAUGGCGGGCGGGUUAUCAUGAGUAUCGACCAAGUUCCCGUCGUGCUCAUCGAGGCUGCUGAGCGUACCCUCCGCCAAGAGCUGCACGUAUUUGCGCGUGCCCGCGCGCAAAUCCUUCAAGACGAGGAGCGUGUGGUGGAGGUUCUGGAUUGGAUUCAAGGCCUAUGGUCUGCCUAUACCAUUCCCGAAGUAUCGCUGCAGGUGGAUGGGGCCGGUUUGUGUGUGACGGAAAGCGUCGAACUCUUCACCAGCGAGUAUCGGCAAGCUAUGGGUGCUGCUGCAGUGGCCCGCAAGCGUUACGCGUACAGCAUCCGUCACCUUUACGGGCUAGAAGGGUCGCGCAUUGAUCACUCGCCUCAAAGUUGCAGCGAUGUCUUGCAGGGAGAGGGGUGUCCCUUCCGCUCUGCAGACGCCCAGCAACUCAAGCAAGCACUCCAUGUACGAGCAGAUCAGGUCGACAUUGUGACCGGAGAUGGCGACCAUCCACUGGCGAUGCCCAUGCCAUCGAUCCAAGACCAGAUGGUCCAAGAGAGACAAAAUCAAAGGUCUGAAGUUCUUGAAUCCAUGGAGAACGAGUAUCGAGAGCACAAAGUCAAGAUCAUCGCCAACUUCAACUACAAGGGAGGCAUCGGCAAAACUACAUCUUCCAUGGCGUUGGGCUGGGAGCUGGCUGAGCAAGGCAAGCGGCGAAACAGCCUGUUUCUUGCGUUUGCCCCUACAAUGUGCGACAUCCGAGAUGUCAGGUUGCUGCCAGCCCAGGUUGUGAACAUUCCCUUGUCAAGCCAGAGGGAAGAGCGCCCAUUUUCCACCGUGACAAAAGAUAACGCGAAACGGAGCAAGGCUCUAUUUCUGCUCCCUGGCGCGUUGCAAGUCAGCAAGUUUGCUGCGAGCAUCUUGAAAAGCGAAGGAGGCGCGUCGCGAGCAGACAAAUUUUGCACACCACGCAAUGUUCUCCAGAUGACGGCAUGGUACUACAACAUCGACACAAUUGUGUUGGACCUUGCCCCAAGCUUGGACGCUUUUACGCGUUUGUGCGCCAUGUCUGCCCACGCCAUCAUUACCCCUUGCUUGACUGACCUCUUUUCUUGCGAAGCUCUGAGCGUUGUCACUUCGCUGUUUCAAGGCCGCGCGCGGGAAGAAGCAGAGCGGGGUCCUAUGGAUGACGAAAGGAAAUUGCGUCGGUUGCUGAAUCUUUUUGAAGCCGAAGAGCCAAACUGGAACGAAUGGCUUCAGCAAGAAAUCGAGAUUGCAGAAAGAUACCGUCCAGAUCUCAUGCGGCCAAGUGGACCAAAGUUUUUGGGCUGUGUCAUCACGCGAUACCAACGCGCACACGUCGUUGGCGGGAUGACGCGGAAUGCCCACUUUUGGUAUGACCGGCUGAAGCAACGCAUCCUUGGCCUGAUUGGCACGUUGGGGUCAGUUGAUUUUGAAGGACAAGACAAGCAUUGCGAGUGGUACCAGACAAACCUUGGGGUGCUAGGUUGGAUCGAAGAUGCCAACCAGCUCUCUGCAAUUUCCCACCGCGAAGGCAUUCCUGUCUGUCACAUCAGGCCAGAGAUGCUGAAAACGUCUGUGACAGACGACCAAGGCAAUACUCGGCUGCGGAGUAUGGAGGCCCGUGAGAGACAUCGUAUUCUCGUAGACACUCUACCUCGGAUGCGAGUUGCUAUGGUCGCAUUGGUGCAGCGACUGCUGAAAGGACUUGAUGAGAUUGAUGCCUGA